AUGGUCAGAUCUGGUCCCAAAGGACCACCAGGAAGACCGGGUAAACCAGGCAAACCGGGAGCACCUGGUCUCCCAGGAAAUCCGGGCAGGCCGCCACCACAGCCCUGUGAGCCGAUCACACCUCCGCCAUGCAAGCCAUGUCCAGCAGGACCGCCUGGACCACAAGGACCACCCGGACCACCAGGAGAUGCGGGACCAGACGGAGCACCUGGACAACCAGGACCUGAUGGCGCACCGGGAGAACCUGGACCGCCGGGACCAUCGGGAGCACCGGGAGAGCCAGGAGCCCCAGGACCAAAUGGGCCACCUGGAGAAAAUGCACCUGAUGAACCGCUGCAGCCCGGUCCACCUGGAGAAGAAGGAGAUCAAGGACCACCGGGACCACCAGGACCAGCCGGACAGCCAGGCCAAGAUGGAGCAGCUGGACCACCAGGUCCACCUGGUGAGAAGGGAGCGGAUGGACAGCCUGGUGCUGAUGGGCAACCGGGAGCACCUGGCCCACAGGGACCGCCCGGAAAGCCUGGCGAGCGUGGUGUUUGCCCGAAAUAUUGCGCAAUCGAUGGUGGCGUAUUCUUCGAAGAUGGUACCAGGCGUUGA